AAACGAUGAGUGUGAUUGGACGUCCUGUUGAGAAUUUUCAUUCAAACCUACUGACCCGCGGGAGGAAGGCUCAGCUGACUUCAACAACAGCAGCAUACCACGGAGGAUCGCGUUUGUUGAUUUAUAUGCACAUAGAUAGUGACAAGUUGAUUUGAGCUUGUGGUUUUUUAUUCAUCGUAUUCUUCUGUUCAAGUUUAUAAAUUCAUUAUCCAAGAUCUCUGCGAGUAUGUCGAAGAAAUUUUAGCUGGUGAAACUAUAUCGUACAUACGACAUUUGUGUACAUUGUUAUUGGAAUCUCUGCAUUUUAUAUCUCAAACUAUAAAGCUCAUUAUGCCGGAUUUAAUCUACCCAGACGAGUUAAAAGAUAUCUAUGACAUACGAGAAACUAUUGGCAGUGGUGGGUUCGCCAAGGUGAAGCUUGCUAUUCACCAACUGACUAAUGAAAAGGUCGCCAUAAAAAUGAUGAACAAAUCAACUCUAGCACACGAUCUGCCGCGUGUUUACGCUGAAAUUGAGACCAUGAAAGACCUUUGCCACCAAAACAUUUGUCAACUUUACGAAGUUUUGGAGACUGAGGAAGAAAUUUUCAUGAUUUUAGAGUAUGCUCCUGGAGGAGAACUUUUCGAUUAUAUUGUUGCGAAGGACCGUUUAGAGGAAAAAGAAGCAAGGCACUUUCUACGUCAGAUUGUGUCCGCUGUUGGUUACAUGCACGAGAAAGGCUAUGCGCAUCGAGAUCUAAAACCGGAAAAUCUCUUAUUGGAUGAAAAUCAAGAUAUCAAGCUGAUUGAUUUUGGAUUGGUGGGAAAACCAGAGGGAGGAAUGACCCAACAACUCGAAACGUGUUGUGGAUCACCAGCUUAUGCUGCUCCAGAGUUAAUAUCUGGUGUACCCUAUUUUGGUAAUGAGGCGGAUUUAUGGAGUUUGGGUGUUUUGCUCUAUGCUCUAUUGUGUGGCUUUUUGCCCUUCGAUGACGAUAAUACUUACAACUUGUACAAAGCGAUCCAGAAAGGAGAAUAUGAAAUUCCGGAUUUCCUAUCAAAAGGAAGUGUUGCCUUAAUCGGACAAUUGUUGCAGACCGAUCCUAGAAGGCGUCUGACCGUCCAACAACUUUGCUUGCAUUCAUGGCUGAACAAAGGAUACGCAAAUCCCGUGAAUUCAAGAACGCGUGUCAAGAAAGACGAGCCUGACACAGAAGUAAUUAAAGAACUUGCUUUAUAUUAUGGUGUAUCACCUACGACUAUGACGUCUCUUGUUAAAGAGUAUCAAUUUGAUGAUUUAACUGCCACGUACUUUCUGCUAUGUAAGAAGAAGAGUCGCGGGGAACCUGUGAAGAUAACCAAUUAUUGUUCAAAAUCUCAACGAAGAAAGAGAAAAGAUAUGCUAGCAAUUGAGAAAAGAAUAAGCGCGUCAAAAGAAAACAGCGAGAAUGAGGUGAACCACGAAGCAGAUCCACCAUCAAUCUUAGUUGAUGAUGAAGACGACGUAUUCCCUGAUCUUCACAGUGAUUUCAGGAAACCAAGAUCGUGUACUCUUCCCCCGGAUUUUACGGAGCCUCCAGCAAUUGGCGAGAUGCCAAGCACUAUAUUACCCCCUAGUAACCUUCUGACUCCAUUAGUUUCAAGUAGGGAAAGUCCGGUUACAUCAUCUGUUUCGAAUUAUGAAAUUGGAUCGGGAAAACCUUUAUCACCCGAAACAAAGUUAUGGUCUCAGUCUCUUGACCGCAACCUUGACCGGGGACCCUGGGCCAAUGGCACAACUCGAACACCGUCUAAAUCCGCUUCGUCUAGAAGGUUUAGUCAAAAGGCUAUCUUUAACAGUAUUGAAGGUGGUCUUAAUAAAUUUCUUGGAGCGUUCACGCCAAGAAGAUCUACGAGUUCACAUCCGCGAAAAGUGAAGGAAGUUGCUAAUGUUGCAACGACGACGAGCAGAGGAGCAGACGAAGCUCUCGACGCAUUACAGAGAGUUAUUGAAACCCGACAUGGCUGGAUGUACAAAUGCAGUGGUUAUACUAUUCGAUGCAAAACCGUAGACGAUCGGGGGAAAAUUGUCUUAGAUUUUGAACUGGAAAUAUGUGAACUUCCGAGGAGUCAAUUAAUUGGUGUUCGGCGAAAACGCUUAAAAGGCGAUACCUGGGCUUAUAAAAAGAUUUGCGAGGAUAUUUUAAAAGAAGCUGGUUUAGACUGAACAUGCUGUAUGAUAUGUUAUUUAUGAUUUUUUUUGUCACAAAAGCCACGAGUGUGUCAACAGGAAUUGGCCAAGGAUUGACCUAAAGAUUGUUUUUUUUUCUUUAUCACGCAUCGGUGGAAAACUGUGACGUUGCAUAGAGGAGAGCGGGGCCUCUACAGUUGAAAAAGGCCCGAAAAGACAAACAAAAAUGGGGGGAAGGGGGGGCACAGAAUUAUUUUUGUCAAAUAAUUUAGCGCAUAUGUAUCAGGAUUUCACCAAUAUAUUUUGAGACAUUUAAAGAUCUAAAAAGAGAAUUCCGUUCUCCGUAACAUAAUUAGGUGCGAGGGCAAUAGACAAUGUUUUUUACCCAGGCCCCGCUUAACCUCUCGUUGGCCCUAGAACCAAUAAAUAAGUCGGCCUGUUCGGAGUACUGAUGAGUGGUUCUCCCACAUCAUUAAUUCAAGUUUCUAAAGCUAAAAUUAAAUAGCAUAUUUUCUAUUCACUAUAUCUACAACUUUUCGCCGAGUCUUAAGACUGUUUUCCACUUACGUGUUUUUCAUACGCAUGUACACGCACGUAAAAGUCUAAAUCCUUUCACAUGUUAC